GCGUGCAGGGUGACCUCGGCAGUUGCAAGUAGCCCGCAGCAGCCGCUCUUGCUGAGCCUCUGAUCUCGGAGGAAGAAGUCGCUCUUGCCGCCGGAUCUUUGAGUCGUCUCCCCGAAAGGCAGAUUCAGAGCCCAGCACCAGCCUCGCAAGCCAGGCUCAAGACUUCCCCGGCUCUGCCCAAAGUUACUCUUGUGUGUUUCUCUCUGUCUCUCUUUUUUCCUUUUUUUUUUUUCCUGCUGCAACAGCACGAGGGCUAUUCCUACGCCUAACAAUGAGUGCCCAGGCAGCCAGAGUUCUCGCCUUUGCCGUCACCUUCUUCCAUUUAGCCAGGCUGGCGUUCUCCAUCUGCCCAGCCUCCUGCCAGUGUCCCCUCGAGGUGCCCAAAUGUGCUCCAGGAGUGGGCCUGGUUCUGGACGGCUGUAGAUGCUGCAAAGUCUGUGCUAAACAGCUCAACGAAGACUGCAGUAAACUGCAGCCCUGCGACCACACCAAGGGACUGGAAUGCAACUUCGGCGCCAGCUCCACGGCUCUAAAGGGGAUCUGCAGAGCCCAGACCGAGGGAAGACCUUGUGAAUAUAACUCGAGAAUAUACCAGAACGGCGAAAGUUUCCAACCCAACUGUAAACACCAGUGCACAUGUAUCGACGGGGCGGUGGGCUGCAUUCCCCUGUGCCCGCAAGAACUGACUCUUCCCAACUUGGGCUGCACGAACCCCAGGCUGGUCAAAGUGGCCGGGCAGUGCUGUGAGGAAUGGGUGUGUGACGACGACAUCGCCAAAGACGCCCUGGAGGAUAUGGAUGGUUUCCUGGGCAAGGGGCUGGAAAUAGGAGCCUCUGAGAUCGAACUGACCAAAAACAAUGAGUUAAUAGCCAUCGGAAAAGGAGGCACCCCUUUAAAACAACUCCCUGUUUUUGGACUGGAGCCACGCAUCGUACAUGGCCUUUUUCAUAGCCAAAAAUGCAUUGUUCAAACAACUUCAUGGUCCCAUUGCUCCAAGACUUGUGGAACUGGUGUCUCGACCAGAGUAACCAAUGACAACCCUCAAUGCCGCUUGGUUAAAGAAACCAGAAUUUGUGAAGUGCGCCCCUGUGGUCAGACAGGAUAUGGCAUGCUCAAGAAGGGAAAGAAAUGCAACAAGACCAAGAAAUCUUCCAACCCUAAGAAGUUUACCUUUGCGGGAUGCACCAGCCUCAAAAACUACCGCCCCAAGUACUGCGGCAACUGCCUGGAUGGGAGAUGCUGCACGCCCCAGCAGACCAGGACAGUCAAGGUCCGAUUCCGCUGCGAGGACGGGGAGCUUGUCACCAAGAACGUCAUGAUGAUCCAGUCUUGCAAAUGCAUGCAGAGCUGCCCACAUGUCCCCGAGGGCACCUUCCCCUUUUACAGGCUGUUCAAUGACAUCCACAAAUUUAGGGACUAAACGGCCCUUUGGGCCGGAGGGGGAAACUGAGGGGAGGCAGUGUCAGAAUCGGAAAUACUGAGACUCUUGGGGUUGGGCUGGGAUAGGGGAGGGAGAAGGAACCCUAUUGUAGAAGUGUCGCCUUACUCAUUCUUGAGUCACCUUUAAGGUAUUUCUGAAACUUCCGAGUGCACUGUGCAGAUGGACACCAAGGCAACCGAGAUUUGAGAAUACUUAAUGCUUCAUAGUAUUGGAGCACCAUUUUAUUGCUUCGUUUUGGAGCCUGUUAUAUUGACAACAUUCUGCUUUCUGUUUGUAAAUUAUUUGGUAAACAUAUUUUCCUCUCUCUCUGCCUUUUGAAAAAGAGAUGAUGUGAAUAGUGGGACACCUGAAGACUUUUUGAUCCUUUUUAUAGAAGCAAAUUGGAAAUUUUUCCACCCUUCCCUGAUGUGGCACUCUGUGAGUGUAAGCAUGAGUGGCAGCUAUGAUGUACCAACUGCAUCUGAACUGCAAACAGAAACCAGCUGUUUUAAGACUGAAUGUUUUUAUUUAUCAAAAAAAAUGUAGCUUUUCUUGGGAAAAAAUGUAAUACUGGAAUAAGUUGUAAAUGAUUUUAAUUUUAUAUUCAGUGAAAAAAAUUUUAUUUAUGGAAUUAAUCAUUUAAUAA